AUGACGGACCUACCUGAUGCGAACGCGAAGAUGGAUGUGAACGCAGCGCUGCCAAGGGCACAAAAUGCACCGGCCGAGACUGCAGACACUGUGAUGGAGGGUACACACGAGAGCGAGAAUGCAUUGAACAGCGACAGCAAUGCUGUUGCAAACCCGAGCAAACUACGAAAGUCGCAUCUUCUACAGCGGCUAUGGGAGCAAGAGCAAGAACAAGAGCAGGUGGUUGACAAAUCGCUGAAGGUGCCAUCCUUGGAUGAGCAGGCGCGUGAGAACUUACGGCGUUCGAUCGCGUUGGCCCUACAACACGUGGGCUUCCAAGCGGCGACGACCGAGGCUCUCGAAAGCUUUUUGCUCAUGACCGAGACGUAUUUACAUUCUCUCGCCAAGGACGUCGUGAGCGUGGCCCAUGCUGCCCGCCGCAGCCAGCCAAUCCCAACGGACUUUGACCUAUCGUUUGCCCGCUUCAAUCUGACCACAUCGGCCCUGCGGCCUCACCUGCGGAAUCCUGUGGCCAUGUCCAAGCUUGCACCUGCGUACUUUGACCCCCUGGCGCGGCUGGAGCUUCGCGGCCAAGAACGCGACCUGCCACUGUUGAGCGAUGAGCUGAGUGGCAAGGCUGAGAAGGAUGCAAAGCCUUACAUUCCCGAAGGGUUCCCCGAUUUCCCUAGCAUCCACACAUACCGGCACACGCCCAUUGACGUCGACACGGUCACCGUGCAGGGCAUAGGCAUGCGGUACGAUGAUGGAGAGCCGGUGCAGUUCCAGGACGAUGUCGGAGGUGCCGAUUCGCAGCAGUUACAGCUGCAACAAACAUCGACUGUCGGGGCAGCAACAGCGGCCGCCACAGCGGCCGCAGAAGCCGGAGCGGCAGGGAGCCUGCGCAGCGAUCCUAAGAGGAUCCGCGAGGCGGCGGCCGUCGAAGCGAAACAGGCUGAAGAAGCACUGCGCAGCCUCAUGCGUGCCAGCAAGAUUAACAAGCUGAAGGAGGUGCGAGCUGCAGCAGAGCGCAACUCUCUCAGCAAGCAGCGCUACUCGCUGUGGGAGACGGCUAUGCGCGAGCUGAUCGAAGAGAGCACGACCAUAUCACAGCCCAGCACGGUGCUGACUGCCGCGGCCCUACGGGAGGAGAUUGCUGACCAGAGCAUGAUGGUCAACGCCGAGAAAGCGUUCCAUCGGAAAGAGAUACCACGGAAACCAGCAAAACGACUGGCACAAAAGACCUAA